GGCGAGAUGCACCGCCGGUUAGCAGCGGAGUUUAGGCGGCAGAUGGGGAGGCGCGGGUACAUUCGAGCCCACGAAGCAGAGGAGCGAACGGGGCUUGGGCCGUGCUAUGAGUAUGGAAAUGGGACGAAUGAGAGCAGAGGAGUGCCGGCCAUGGGAUUCCACUUCGCCGGAAACGCAACUGUGUGGCUGCCGACGAGGAACUACUUUUUGGGGUUUGAGAGCGAGGGGCAGCAUGUGGGAUGCUUGAUGGUGAUCAGUAGUGGAGAUGAAGCGGAGGAGGAAGAGGAGGAGAAUGGAGGCGAGCCGGCCGGAACGCUGGGGAAUUUACAGCAGCAGGGGAUGGAAGUGGUGUAUGAUUUGGAGAUGGGAAGAAUCGGGUUUGCACGGCGGCGGUGCGGCGAGCUGUGGGAUUCAGUAUCACGCGGGUGACCGCACGUGUAACCGUUUUUUUUUUUAAGAUUUACGUAAAUAG